AUGAGCACCAACGCUGAGCACUUCCCACCGUGGACCGCCUCUGCGGUGCCCCCCAACGCCAGCGCAGCCUGGAUGGAAGGGCCGUCGGCACGGGGCGGACGGGUGGGCGAGCUGGCGGGCAUGGUGGUGAUCCAGUGCAUCUACGCCCUGGUGUGCCUGCUGGGGCUGCUGGGCAACUCGCUGGUCAUCUUUGUCAUCCUGCGCUACACCAAGAUGAAAACGGCCACCAACAUCUACCUGCUCAACUUGGCCAUCGCCGACGAGCUCUUCAUGCUCAGCAUCCCCUUCGUGGCCACCUCGGCCGCCCUGCACCACUGGCCCUUCGGCCGGGCGCUGUGCCGCACCGUGCUGGGCGUCGAUGGCCUCAACAUGUUCACCAGCGUCUUCUGCCUGACGGUGCUCAGCCUGGACCGCUACAUUGCCGUGGUGCAUCCGCUGCGGGCGGCCACCUAUCGCCGUCCACGGGUGGCCAAGAUGGUCAAUGGAGCCGUCUGGCUCCUCUCCUUGCUUGUGGCCUCACCCAUCCCCAUCUUCGCCGGCACUGCAGUCACACGUGAUGGCCAAGCGGUGGCUUGCAAUCUGCUAUGGCCUAGCCCAGCCUGGUCGGCAGCCUUUGUGGUGUACACCACGCUGCUGGGCUUCCUGCUGCCGGUGCUGGCCAUGGGGCUCUGCUACCUGCUGAUUGUGGGCAAGAUGCGGGCCGUGGCGCAGCGGGUGGGCUGGCAGCAGCGCCGGCGCUCCGAGGGCAAGCUGACACGCCUGGUGCUGAUGGUGGUGGCUAUGUUUGUCAUCUGCUGGAUGCCCUUCUAUGUGGUGCAGUUGGUCAACCUUCUUCUGCCCGGCCGCCUCGACGCCACCAUCAACAACGCCUGCCUCAUCCUCAGCUACUCCAACAGCUGCGCCAACCCCAUCCUCUACGGGUUCCUCUCGGAAAACUUCCGGCACUCGUUCCAUGGUGUGCUGCGGCGCUGCCUCGAUGCCAGCCUCUGCUGCUGCCCACCCGAGGCACGGGCUGUUGGCGAUGAGGAGGAGGAGGAAGAGGAAGAGCCCCUGGAUUACCGCGCCGUGCCCCGAAGUGACCCCAAGGGCAAGGGCUGCAUGUGCCCGCCGCUGCCCUGCCAGCAGGAGCCCGUGCGCCCCGAACCCUGCUGCAAGCCCGGCACCCUCCUGGCAAAGACCACCACCUUCUAA